CGCGCUGUGGCUUUCUACGUCGCCUCUAAGGAGGGUGAUGAUGCAAACCUCGACAAGCGCGAUUACUACCUUCCACCAAUUUAUAAUGUCACUCCUGAAAAAGCCAAUGUCGACAAGCGCGCUGUUGCGUUUUACGUCGCCUCCAAGGAGGGUGAUGAUGAAAACCUCGACAAGCGUGCUGUUGCUUUUUACGUUGCCCCUAAGGAGGGUGCCAAUGCUGAAGAGGACCGUGAAGAUUUUUACAUUCCUCCUCCCGAUGUGACUGGGCCUCAUGGCCAGAAGCGCUCCAUUCCUAUUUACUACUUCAACCCCCCCGACAAGCGCGAGUCGACUGACGGCCAAGUCGCGCGCGUCUAA